AUGUACCCCUCCAAACCCCCUAACGGUGGGCCUCUAAAUAACAAAAGCAACCACGACGUCAUGGCCCAGUCGCAUCAUGAUAUUUCAGAUUCUAUGAGUAGAAUGACUCUAGAUUCCACUGAUACUCCUAUUUCAGAAUCCAUGAGUAGAUUGAAUUUAGAGACUGAAACACCGGUAUCUCCCUACGUUGGUCUGUCGCGUGCUGAAGUUCUGCCACCUGCGCCGCGACGCGCGCACAGCAACUGCUCACUUCGAGAUGGGCGGCGCAAGUCUAGUCCCGAAACCCAACUAUCUAUCCCAAAUCCAUACUACCCGAACUCAUCUUCAAGUCAUCCAAUUUCUUCUGAGUCGACUCGCCUUGCCUCUGCCAAUUUUCCAGAUUCUCCACCCGCGACGUAUGGGAAUGCGGCUCAAGACCCCCAUGGCCCUACAGAGGCCUCAAUAUCGGCUGACCACUUUCGCAAGGAGGUGGAUCUACAUAAUUUAGUCGACUUAAACUCCAAGACCCUCGUGUUGCUCCAUGAUGACUGCUAUGGUCACCGUGUUGCCCGUCGACUCAACCAGAAAGGCAUCGACUCAUUUCCAGAGAGACCUGAGCGUAUUCGCGCCUGUGUGGUAGGUAUCUCUGCUGCAUAUGUACGCAUGGGUCGUCGAUAUGCGGGAGAACAUUACUCGCCACAUCCCGGUAUGGAUAUCGGCUUGCUUCCCCCACCUCCAUUCCAAAUGCGCCGCACAUCAAGAUAUAUCCACUUCGAGGAUAAAAUUCUCACCAAUGUUCAUGGGACUAAAUGGUUAGACGAUCUGAAGGCUCAGUGCAACGCCUUAAAACCCGAUGGUUCAGGUGCCUCACUUACUCCGCUCGAGACCGCGGAUCUUUAUCUAUGCUUGGGAUCGAUGCUCGCAUUUGAAGGUGCCUUGGGUGGUGUCUGCGAUGGUGUUGAUGCCGUGCUUGGUCCAAGCCAGACAACGCGCGCAUUUGUUUGCAUUCGACCCCCAGGUCAUCAUUGUUCCGCUGAUACGCCUUCUGGGUUUUGUUGGGUCAACAAUGUGCACGCGGGUAUUUCUUAUGCAGCAACUAACCACGGGUUGACGCAUGCUGCCAUUUUCGACUUCGAUCUACACCACGGCGACGGCUCACAGGACAUUACAUGGAAACAUAAUCAGAAGCUGUAUAACGCUGACGCUGACGCCUAUGCUUCCGCUUCAGAUUACGAGAAAACGGCUAUUGCAUACUAUAGCUUGCAUGAUAUCAACUCAUUCCCAUGUGAAGAUGGUGACUGCGAGAAAGUCCUCAAAGCCAGUGUUUGUGUUGAUGCACAUGGCCAAUCAGUUUGGAACGUGCAUCUUGAGACUUGGGAGACAGAAGCCGAAUUUUGGAUAUUGUACGAGAAGAAGUACAAAAUCUUGCUCGACAAAGCCCGUUUGUUCCUUCGUUAUCAUACAACAAAACUGCUUGCUGAGAGCAAGAAGGGCAAGAGCGAAAAGGCGAAGAGUCUUCCUAAAGCUGCCAUCUUUAUUUCGGCUGGAUUUGAUGCGAGUGAAUGGGAAACCUCGGGUAUGCAACGCCAUAAGGUUAAUGUGCCGACUGAGUUUUACGCAAGGUUCACCGCCGACAUCGUGCGCAUGUCGCAGGAGGAAGGACUUGGCACUGACGGGCGAGUAAUCAGCGUGUUGGAGGGUGGCUAUAGUGACAGGGCUUUGACCAGUGGCGUGCUCAGUCAUCUGGCUGGGCUAGGACAUGAAAUCGAUACCCGUCAGCCAAGCUUCCCAAUAUCUCCCAAGAGCAGCCUUGAGCAACUUCAGCAGCCUGAUUAUGAUCCUGAAUGGUGGUCUCCUACCAUGCUAGAUGAACUAAAAGAUCUUGUCACACCGUCCAAGAAAGGUCGAAAGAAAUCUGCCCCAAAAAUUUUUAAUUCCACUCGCUCUUUCUCAGUCAAGGUUAUCACCCCUACGCUUGAACGCAAAUCUGUUGAUCUUAGCCAGCCUCCAUUGCCCCAAGUCGGAUGGGCAACGGCAGCGCAUGAGUUAUCCAAGAUACUUAUCCCAGAUCGCCAGACUACGAGCUAUCGAGCCGAGGAGCUCCAUGUUCCACAGCCUCGGCAAAGACGCAGGAUAGUGCCGGAAAGUGGCUCUACUGCGAUUCAACCCCCACCUCUGGAAGAAAAGCGACAGCUUCGAGCGAGAAAGACUAAGUCUCCAAUGCCGAUCUCAUCCCAUCCAGCCACACCGCGUCAGCAGGCAAUUCGAAAGAACCGACGAACCACCAUUGGUGGUAAUGACAUGCAGGGUCAAUCAGUGGACUCAUCCCCAUCCGCGAGUGCCAGUCGCCGCAAGAGUCUGAACUCGACGUCUACUACCGUCGCCAACCCCACAGAUCAGACUCCCACUGAACAUGGAACAGUUGCGGCACUACCAACUUCCGCUCCCGGCACAGGAAAGGUUCGUGGUUUAGGUCUGGGUACUCCCAGGCGCACUGCAGGCCCAAGAAAGCCUCCCCCGGUACCGAAAGUCCCUACUACCUUUCAACCAAAGGUUACUGAUCAUGCGCCUUCACUUUUGGGUGAAAUUCCACCAACUGUUGCUCGCAAGCUUAAACUCGUCAUGCCCUCUGCCGAGGAGCAGGCUGUACGCGAAAAGAAGGCGGCUGAAGAGCGCAAGCAGAGCCAGAAAGGAACCCGGGCUUUGAAGAUCCCGAAAUCUCCUAAAAGGGCCAAUAGCCCCCAGGUGGCAGGUGAAAAGGCAUCAGCUCGUGCUGGUAUUACACGUGUCUCCACGCCCGCUAAUGCCCCUAUCCCUGCCAGCUUUGUGACCGGUGAGGUGGCAGUUCGCCCUGAGCCUUCUGACACACAAUUUGCGGCUGCUGCAACUUUCGCCUCGUCUCCUUUGCCUUCGUCUAUGGAAGUAUCCAAAUCAACUACUGCGGAAGCGAUUGUGCCUGACACGAACCCAUUGCAAACGACGAUCAGUCCAGUGCAGACUAAUGUUGCUCAGGACCCGGCUCCUUUUGCUGUCAUUUCAGCGUUAGCUCAGACCUCUGACACUUCGCGCCAACCUUCAUAUCUAUUUUCUCCGACUAUGUCUGCCACUGAAACCAAGUCAGGGCUUCCGGUGUUUACUUCAAGCAGCCCCAUCCCUUUUGCAUCUCCAGGGAAUUCUAUCAAUGAAGGGUUAGACAGCACUGAGGACAACAUCUUCCAUUCUCCUGUGUUGAACUCAACCUAA